UUUCGUGUUAGAUAAAUGCAGACGCUCUCCUGACGCUGACAGCUGACGUACAACACGUUGGCGCGGAAUUAUAUUUUGUAACUGGUGUAUCGCCAUACACCAGUGAUAGUCGUUGGCGUGAGUCCACCAGAACCUUAAACACGAUGAUGCGGAAAAGGCGAAGCUCCGCUGUGGAUAAUGCAGAGAAACACGCCCCCACGUCUGCCAACGCAAAGAAGAGUCGCACAACUGGCCGUCAGUCUAAGGUGUCCGCUCCAGACGAGAGCACGGAGAGCGUAUUCAGUGUGUUUCUACGAGAAGCUGGCGUCACCUUGAGACAAGGCGGCACAGCCAAUGAGAUCGCUGUUGACCAGGUGGUGUUUCAAAAGAGGAUCCAGAAAAAGCUACAGAAGAGCCCUAGAUACCCUCGUAUUGUACGGGAAUUUAUCAGUGGAUUGGAGUCGUACAUUGAGGAUGCUGACAGAUUUCGGAAUUGCCUCCUUCCUUGUGUUCCGAGACUGCCCGAUGGAGACUCCUGCUCUGUCAGCUCCUUCCAGGAGAGCCUGCUGCGCAUGUUGUUGGGGAUUGAGAUGCUUCAGACUCUUGUCAUAAACACCCUGCUUGAGAAACUCCCUGAAUAUAUGCUCAACAGCACUGACGAGGCCGGCCUCAGUAUUCCGCGUCUUAUCAUCAACCAGCUGAAAUGGCUGGACAGAGUUGUGGAUUGCAAGGAGCUGGCAGCCAAGCUCAUGGAGCUGCUGUCGGUAGCACCGGUGGACGUCCAGCGUGACAUCAUCAGCAGCCUGCCAGAGAUACUGGAAGACUCCCUGCACAAUGACAUCGCCCGGGAGCUUAAUUCUUUACUGAAGGAGAGCACUCAGUUGACGGUGGCCAUCUUGGAUGCCCUCUCAAGCCUGAACCUCGGCUCUGCAUUACUCACUGAGGUUCGCGGAGCAGUUAUGAACACCUUGGCUGCCGUGCAACUGGAAGACCUUCCUGUGGUGGUCAAGUUCAUCCUUCACUCCGUCUCAGGCUCUGACGCGUACGAGGUGGUGUGUAGCCUUCGUAAGAAACUAGAACUGGAGCAGUGUGUUCUCCCUCCUGUGCUACAAGCGUCCCAGAGCCGCCUGAAGAACAAAGGAGCAGCAGCGUCCAGGUCGGCUACAGCGGCCAACGGCAGCCAGGACGUCGUAACGCUGAUCGUGGAUGCCAUCAAGUCAGCGGUGCGCUUCCAGAAGACUCUAUCUGAAGCCUGGCUCAAGGCGAUCGAGUCUGUAGAAGAAGUGGAGGACCACAAGGUGGUAGAUCUGCUGGUGCUGUUCAUCCUCCACUCCACCAAUGCCAACCAGAGUCGACGGGGGGCCGAACGGGUGCUGAAGGUCAAAGUGAGGACUGGCCAGAUCCCUGAGACGCUGCUGCAGAAGACCUUUAAGGACAACACACAGGUCCUGAGAGGGUAUUUCCCCUCCAUUUUAGCGCUGGCUCAGAGCUUGCUGCGUUCGCCGGACCCUUGCGUGGUGCCGUUUGGUGGGCUCAUGUAUCGACAUUCAUUCACUGCUUUUGAUUCUUACUGCCAGCAGGAGGUGGUGGGCUGUUUGGUGACCCAUGUGUGCAGCGGCGUCGACGGCGAGGUGGACAUGGCCCUGGAGCUGCUCUGCGGCCUGGUUACGGAAAAAGCUUCAGAGAUGGGGCCGUAUGCCGUCUUUGUCAAGGGAAUUUUGGACUACCUGGACAACCUCACCCCGCAGCAGAUUCGCAGACUUUUCCAUCUUUUGAGCAGGCUUGCGUUCGGAUCACAGCAAGGCUCGCACAUCCAGGAUGAUAUGCACAUUGUGAUUCGCAAACAGCUCUCCAGCACGGUGCCCAAGUACAAACGCAUCGGCAUCAUUGGCGCCGUGAUGAUCAUAGGCAGCAUGGGGGCGCUCAGGCCCAAAGCCAACGAUGCUCACGACAACUCCUUAUCACCCGAGACAUUGAGACAGUUGUUGGCUCUGUUGGAGCUGGUGCAGUCCAGCAGCGAGACUUCACCCGAAGCUUCAGCUCUGUACUACGAUGAGCUGGCUAAUCUGAUACAGACCUCCACUCUGGACCCGCUAGUGCAGGAGAAGAUCGGCAAGAGAGUCUUAGAUGACUUCCAGGGUGACUUCGUUGCGGACCUGGGUCCAGACAUACAAGGGUCCUUCCCCUUCCCGGCCCGCGUCAUGUACGACCUGGACGAGGAGGAGAGUCAAGGUGGCAUCGCCGUGAACCUCAUGCCUCUGCUGGCCAAAGACGUGCACUGCAAGGCGGAGCAGUGCGGUCGUGACAAGAAGGACAAGAGUCCUCUUUGUUUGUCACCGUUUUUCCGCCUGCUGCGGUUGUGCGAGGAGAAACAGAACCAGGGCGAACUAGAAGAGAUCGAUGCCUUGCUUGGCUGCCCUCUCAUCCUAACAGAUGUGGAGGUGGUGGAGAAAAUGGAGAGCCUGUGCAAAGUAGAGAAGGAGUUCCUCUGCGCUUUACUCUUUCACACCAUCAACUGGUUCAGAGAGCUGGUGAAUGCCUUCUGCAGGCUCAAGGAUCCAGAAAUGAAGAUGAAAGUGAUGACCCGGCUGCAGAACAUCACCUACCUUCAGACCCUUUUGGAGAGAGCUUUGGCCGGAACUCCUGGCUACGUUCCACCUGUGGCUAACUUUGAUGGAGAGAGCCCAGACGUGAUAUCACACGGCACCGCUGCUCCUGCUCAUAAGACAAAGAAAAAUGGCUCAGGAAAGAAGAGGAAGGCGCCUGGUAAGAAUUCCUCUGAAAGCAGCUCGCAGAUGGAGGACAAGCUGGAGGAAGAUGAAAGCCAGCAGGAACCGGAGAAGGAGAAAGAGGCCCGGCAAGGAGUCCACCUGGCGUCCUACAGGCCAUUUUUCAGGGAGCUAGAUAUGGAGGUGCUCAGCGUGCUUCAGUGCGGCUUGCUCUCCCGCUCCUUGCUGGACUCUGAGCUUCAAACCAAGAAACGAGAAGAGGUUCUGUUGGGUUCGGCGGAGCUGAUAUUCCUUCUGGAAGAUAUGCUUCGCAAGCUGGAGUUUGCUCUGACAGCUGCCCCGGCCAAGAGAGUUCCCUUCCUCAAGGCGAGGGCCGACAAGAGCGUGGGCUUCUCCCACCUGCAGCAAAAGAGCCCCAAGGAAGUGGCUGCCUUCAGCGUCCAGCUGCUGCCCGCCCUCUGCUCGCACUUGGAGAACUGCCACAACCAUUUCCAGACGUUGCUUUCCGCGAAUGACGGCAUGGUGGACGGGCCCGCUGUUGACGCUCAGGAGCAUCAGCUCCUGUCUUCAUGCUGCCAGCUUCUCCUGCAGGUCCUCAACACCGUCUUCAGCUGGUCUGGAUUCAGCCAGCCGGGCCAUCGGAGCUUACUGAAGAAGGCUUUGGGAGUUUUGGCAGGACGUCUCAAGGAUGGAGGAGAUGAGACGACCCUGGAGCUGCUUGUUAAAUCCAGCCUGGAGUACCUGCUGAAGUUCCGCAGCACCAUUCCAAAUCUCAGCUCGGCUCUGUGCCUCUCCCAGCUUCUAUCCGCCGUGUCUGAGAAAGGAGGGAACCCUGCCGCUUACAAGGAGGAGGCCGCUUCUCUCGCUCGGGGCUUCCUGAGCCAGCAAUGGCUGACUGUCAGCGGGGAGAAGCAACGAGGGACCAAAUUCAAUGAAGCCCUUCAAGCUCUCCUAAGCAUCUACCUGAGGAAUGUUGACGAUGUUUUAAAGGCAGUGGAGGAAAUGGCCAACGAAGGCUUUCCUCAGAUUAUCAACGCAUCGAAAGACGAGAGCUCUGCCGCUUGGCCGACCCUCAGCAGGCAGACCUUCCUAGUCUUCUAUAAAGUCUUGAUGACCGAGCUGGAAAAAUCAGUCCGGAGGAUUCCAGCAGGCAAAAGCAGCGACGGCAGCGAGGCUCAAAGUGAGAAGCUGCUGACAUGGAACCUGGCAGUGCGGGACUUUCACAUCCUGGUCAACCUAGUCAAGGUGUUUGAUUCCAGGCCUGUGGUCAACGUGUGCCUUAAGUAUGGACGCCUUUUCCUGGAGUCUUUCCUGAAGUUGGGGAUGCCGCUCCUGGACUUCAGUUUUAAAAGGCACAAGGAGGAUGUCCAGAACCUGUUAAAGACCUUCCAGCUCAGCACCCGCCAGCUCCAUCACAUGUGCGGACACUCCAAGAUUCGCCAGGACACGAGCUUGACCAACCACGUGCCGGCCGUGAAGAAGAGUCUGGAGCUGUUUGUGUACAGGGUGAAGGCCAUGCUCACCCUCCACAACUGUCAGGGCGCCUUUUGGAUGGGCAACCUCAAGAACCGCAACCUCAAGGGAGAAGAGAUUCUUUCUCAAAGGUCACAAGAAAGUGAGGAAGAGGAUGAGGAGGAUGAGGAGGAGCAGCAACCGCCUCCACAGGAUCAAUCAGAGGAGGAGGGGCGAGACGGAGACGCCGAGACAAAAAGGAAGGUCAGCACAGAGGAGAAUGACCUUCAGGAUGACACAGAUGACUCUGAAUGAUUGCUUUGAAAAUGGAUGCUAUUCCGUGUGUGUCCAAUCCAAAAUACACUCACACCUUAUAAAGUUUGUUAUAGACAUGCUGUUGAUGAAUACAAGAAUAUUUUAGUUGUU